CAAUGAAUCUCUGCUAGGCAAGUUGAUGCUGAGCAGUGAGGGAUCCAGGCUGCCUGUCCUGCAGUGGGAAAAUGCGGAAGUGAGUGAGGACGGUUUUCAGCGGCGGAGGAAUACACCAAGCUAUAUAGACACAGAUCGCGAGAGCUACACAACUUCAGCCCAUCAUUAGAGGUCCACGGGAGCUGGUCAGUCUCGUAGUCUAGUUUUAGAAAACAAACCAACCAACCCAUCCAGCGCCGUCAGACAUGGCCGACCAACUAACAGAGGAGCAGAUUGCCGAGUUCAAGGAGGCGUUCUCCUUGUUCGAUAAAGACGGCGAUGGCACCAUCACAACCAAAGAGCUGGGCACCGUCAUGAGGUCGCUGGGACAGAACCCCACCGAGGCAGAGCUGCAGGACAUGAUCAACGAGGUCGACGCUGAUGGCAACGGCACCAUUGAUUUCCCAGAGUUCCUCACUAUGAUGGCCAGGAAAAUGAAGGACACAGACAGCGAGGAGGAGAUUCGUGAGGCGUUCAGGGUAUUCGACAAGGAUGGGAAUGGCUACAUCAGUGCAGCAGAGCUCCGUCACGUCAUGACAAACCUGGGAGAAAAGUUAACAGACGAGGAGGUCGACGAGAUGAUCAGAGAAGCCGACAUUGACGGAGACGGACAGGUCAACUAUGAAGAGUUUGUACAAAUGAUGACCGCAAAAUGAAGCUCCCCUACCCUUCUCCUGACCUUAGAAGACAAAAAAAAUCAGUCAAAUGUUUUACUUACCUCUUGCAAAAAUAUAAAUUUAUUCAUACUGUUUCUGUAUAGAAAACAUAACUGAAUGUUGAAAAAUGAAAAAAUCAGUCCACAUAAGUAAAAAUAAAUACAAUUAAAAAAAGAAACAUCUGCAUGUACUGGUUAGUGGUCCUGUCCCCAAAGAUGAGUUAGACAUCAGUAAUAGCAGAAAUAAUACCUGUAAACAAAACCGUCAACAACUAAAGAAAGCACUUGGCAAACUGCUUAUUGGUUCCUGUUGCUAAUGGUAACGUUUGGGCUGGCCAAUUGUCUUUUCUUUUCCUGUUUCUGUUCUUCAUGCAUGCAGCUUGAGACUGGUGACGCAGUCCAGCCAAUGGGCUCACUCUGAUUCCACAGCGGUGUCGAGGGUACCGCCGUGGGGUUUUGGUACAGUCUAUGUUGAGAGAAAGAGAUCAGAGCUCGGGGGGGGGGGGGUCAUACUAAACUCGCAUAGAGAUGAAAUGAAUGGGACCUUUGCAGUUUGCUUAAUUACAAAAAUAUAUUUUUAAGAAAAUUAUCAUUUUAAAAAAUCAUUUUAGAACUGUUUGGCAUGUUGGGAAUAUUUGGAUUUCUGUUUCCUUGUUAUGCGUUGAACUUUGGGUAUGAUUCGAGGGGGUGGGAGGUGAGCUGAAGAGUCUGGUUUUUCCGGACUCUUUUUACCUGCUAGGGGGAAAUCUUUUUGGCAAGGAAACGCGGUUAUAUCGUCAAUGUUUUUAUCUUCUGUUUCUCGACUCUGACCAUGGUUGAGUGUGGGUUUUGAUCAAUCUACAGCGCAUCUAUGGUCUUCAACACCUGAGUCUUCUCUAGACUGUUCAUCUUGUUCAGUUUAGUUCAUUCCAAGUUGUACAUGCUAGUCUUUUAAUUUUUUUUUUUCCAAUAAAAGACCAUGAACUUAA